UCGACUUUCUUUAGGCCUGUUUAAAAAAAAAAAAACACAAAAAGUAAAGAUACCUCAACAAAUAACAUAAUAUUAAAAAAAAGUAACCAAACAGCCGAAGGAAUUGUGCCUGUGUGCGUGCGUGCGUGCCUGUGUGUUGUUUGUGUGUUGUUUUCAUCUCGCAGAGGAGCAACGUUUCCAAUCAGCAAGCAAAUAUAAAUGGUUUCUACUUUCAUUGGCCUAUUGGAUAUUCAAUCAUGGUGGGAGAUACCGUGUAUUUCGCAUUUUUGUUCAUUGUUUAGUUCCGCAUUUGAUCUACCCGAUAUAGACAUUGAGGAUCUUGAAUCGGCGCUGCUUUCCGAUGGUACCAGCGAUGAAGAUCAAGUUGCCCUAGUGCCCGAAUUAAUUGUGCGCCUGCUCAAGGGCUGCGAUGCGCUGCAAUCGGUAGCCAAGGAAAUUACACACAGCAACUAUCAGAUGUUCUUGCGUCGCUUUCUGCGUCAACAGUGUCGCCUGCAUCAGACCGAGAAUCACUUUGAUACGGAUAUUGAUUUUCAAUCCCUGCCAGUGCGCAAACGAUUGCACAUUCUGCACGAUUUGUGUCACUUUCGGUUGGACUCUGUCGAUGUGCAGGUCAUCCUUAGUAAUCUAGAGGCGGAUAGCCUGCGUGUUGAGCCAUUGGGCUACGAUUCGAAGAAUUCUGGCUAUUGGUAUUUCUAUGGGACUCGAUUGUAUCGCGAGGAUAAAGUAACAACUGCUGCAAGUGGAGGAGGUGGAGCAGCAGCCAUAGCUGCAGGAGCAGCAUCAGCAGCUACCUCAUCGUUGGCCUCAAAUCGUGGCAGUGGUGGCUAUAUAGGCAGCAACGGUACCAUCUGGCAAGUAAUUUGCUUCACCGAGGAGGAUUGGCAGAAUUUGGCUGCUAAAUUCAAGACCUCGACAAAUGCCAAAGAGCGUGAACUUUUCCAGAUACUCGAUGAGAAUUUUCUACCCAAAUUGCCGCAAUUAUUUCGCGAACGAGAACGUCUAAGGCGAAGAAAAUUACUGCAAGUGCGUAACUCAAGUCGCAUUCGCAAUCUUGUCGAGCUCAAGGCUCGACAGGAAGAGGAGCGUCAACAGCGAGAACGUGAACACGAGCGGGAACGCCAGCGACGCGAACGCGAACAUCAUCAUCAGCAACAACAGCAACGUACUCGCAGACGUUCCCAAUCAACAUCAACUGCUAGCGGUAUAUCAACUUACGCAAGCUCCCUUCGACGUACAACAACAACUAAUUCGAGCGAAUUUCUGUGCCACAGGGAAACGUUUUGUCUAUCACCAGAAGACGACGACUUGAAUGAAGAAGAAGACCAACAUCGUCACCAACAACAGCAACAACAUCGUCAACAUUUAUCACCACCGCCGCCGCAGCAGCAACAACACUUAAUCGCUGCCUCAGCAUCAGCAGCACCAUCGGCAACAGCAACAACAACAACACCAACAACAACAACAACAACAACAACAUUAGAAACAAUAGCAACAACAGCAACUUCGGCGGCGGUUAACAACAAAUUUCGUUCGCCUCAAACUCCUCCGAAAUCGCAAACGCCAGCAGAAUUUAAGAGCAAGAAUCAUCAUCAUCAUCAUCACCACCAUCACCAUCAUCAUCAUCACAAGAAAAAAAAGUCGGGAAAAAAGCAAAAGAAACGUAGAGAUCGAGAACGGGAACGAACCAAUCGUGAUCGUGAUCAUCAUCAUCGUAGGAGACAUAAGCAUGCUAACUCUGAGGCAGUUCAAAUUUGCGAAGAUAAUAAUAACAAUACCAAUACAACAACACCAGCAGGAACAGCAGCAGCAGCAGGAGCAGGAGCAAGUGCAUCAGCAGCACUAGCAGACGAAGAGUCCUCAUCAUCCUCACCAGGUCCAAUACAUUCUUCUCAUGCCACCUCACUAAGUCCAGAGGAUAAAGAGAACUUUUGCCGUCAACUACAAUUGUUAGAUACCAAUUCAGCAGCAAUUGCAGUGUCCACCAGCAUAGCGAAUUUAAGCUUGCCCUCACCAGUGCCGACCCAAGACGAGGAGGAGUUUGACUCCGCAUCAGCAGCAGUGACGGAAACAAACAGAACAAACAGCGUUCACGUGGUAACUAAGUGUGAAGAUAUCCAGCAGCAGCAGCAGAUGGCGCCAGCGGCAAAUGUGAAAUUGCCCGGACGGCAGACAAAUAAUUCCCUCAGUUCCCUAACGGGCAAUAUAUUUAUACCAGGCGGCAGUACAACGGGCAAUGGCAAUGGGUCCUCUGCAACAUCCUCCAUUUCCAAUCAGCAACAAAGUGGCAACACAGCAUCAGGUUCGGGUCGAUCCAAAAAGCAAAGCAAAGCUGACAAGGCAGAUCGUAGUUCAGCCAACAAUAACAAUAAUAACAGCAGCAGCAACAGCAAUAGCAACAAAUCGACUGGAGGAGAUGGUGUUACUGCAGCUAGAACUAAAAAGUCCACAACAAUUUCAUCAGCGUCCUCAUCAUCUUCCCCGGUUAGCAAAGCGGAAAGGCAUAGCAGCAUUGCCUAUUCAGACAAAAGUGCCGAUGACCAUGUAAAUAGUAGCAACCACCGUAGCACCACCAUCACAACCACCACUACCAACAACAGCAGCCUUAACAACAACAACAACAACAACCAUAAGCACAACAAUAACAAUAAUAAUAAUAAUAAUUCAACGACGGCUGCCCCAACAACUAUAUCACCAUCAACAACAACAACAACGCCGCAUGGAGUCGUCCAAAAUUUUAGUCACCAUCAUUCAAAUCAUAAUCACUAUCGCCCAGCAUCCAGUACUUCCACCUCCCAUCAUUAUAAUUAUCAUCAUCAUAAUCAACAUCAUCAUCAUAAUUCCCACUCUCACAGCAAUACUCACCAUUCUUCCCAUUAUCAUCACAAACAUAAAACUAAAACGCAUAAUUGCAUAACAACAACAACAACAUUAAAUACAAAUACAAAUACAACAUCAUCAUCAACAACAACAACAACAACAACAAAAUCAAUCAACAACUCCUCCUCCAAUCAUGCAAAUAUUCUUAGUUUCACCGAAACGGAGGAAGUUCUACAAAUUGGAAUGCACAAGGUUCUGGUCUAUGUAAAAAAUCACCGUGAUGCCUGGCCCUUUAUGGAUCCCGUUGAAGAAGAUAUAGCGCCGCGAUAUUAUUCAAUUAUAAGGCGACCCAUGGACCUGCUAAAAAUGGAAGAUAAACUAGACAGCGGCGAAUAUCAUAAAUUCAGUGAAUUUCGUAACGAUUUUCGUCUGAUCGUCAACAAUUGCAGAUUGUACAAUGGGCACAAUAAUGAAUAUACGGAAAUGGUGAAUAAUCUGCAGGAUGCCUUUGAAAAGGCAACUAAAAAAUAUUUUGAUAAUCUUUCCGAUGAUGAAGAUGACGAUCCUAAUUUAAGUUAUCCAGCUGCCGAUUCAAAAAUGAAUGUUUUUAGAGAGAAAUAUUUUAGUAAGAAAGAAACAAAAGAAAAAGAUGAGGCGGCGUCGUCAUUGACAGCAUUAGCAGCAGUCGAAGAACAUCAACAAAUUAAAUCAAAGGACACGAGUGGAGUGGAAGAAGACCAAAGCGACUUGGAGGAUCAGCAGCGGACACAGAAACGUAAGCGUAAAGAGAAGGAUAAACGACGCAAAAAGAAAACAAAAAGCAAAGCUGUCACAGAACGCGAAGAUGAUGUAGACACAGAUGAUGAACUGCAGCCGGUAGAGGAAGAGGAAGAUCUAAUGCCACUUUCUCCUCCGCUUCCAAUUAGCAAAAAAAUGAAAGCUUGCAAAGCAGCAGCUGCCAUGAAGGAAAAAGAGAAAGAAAAGGAUAAAGAUAAAGAUAAAGAUAAGGAUAGAGAUAGAGACAGAGAUACGGAUAAGGUAAAGGAGCCGUCUAAGCGUGGACGCAAGGCCAAAGCCGAAAAAUCAAAGACCCUUAAAACGGCACAACAAAAAUCCAAAAAAUCAAGCAAGAAAUCGGAAUCGGAACUAAGUGAGCUAAGUGACGAAGAAGAGAAAAGUCCGCCAGCUGACGUCCGACUCGAUUCCAGUAACGAUGAUGAUGAGGAAUUGACACAGUCCAUCAGCAGGCCGAAUAAUGCAAAGGCCAAGGUUAAGCCUCCAACUGCGCGGACGAUUGCGGCCCAAAAGAAGAAAUCAGUGUCAGCUGAAUCCAGAGUCAAAACUACCACACCCACUAAACGAGGCAGGAAACCGGGACGCAAGACCAAGGAAGAACAAGAUUUGGCCGAAGAAGAGACAGAGAGUGAGCCAUUUGAUUUACAGCUGCCGCCGACAGCAGCAGCAGCUUUGGCUGAAUCCGAAGAUGACCCCGAGGAUGACAAAGACGAUGCUGAGGAAGAUGAUGAACACGGUGGCAAUGACGACGAUUACGAUGAGCGUAGCAUGUCACCAUUUAAGGUUGAUCUCCAUAAGAAAUACUCGAAAAGUGCCCUUAACGAUGAUCUCUCUGAGUUAUUGACUACAGUUAAAAAGGUAACCACAGCGGAAACCAAUAAAUUGACUGCCAGACAUGAAGACGAAGACGAUGACGACGACGUUGAAGACGCCGAUGAGGAAGUGCUAUCUGUCGAGGAGCAGGCGUUAAAGUCUUCCAGUAAUAGUAGUAGAGGCCGUGGCAGAGCCUCAAAAGCCGAAUCAAAAAAGGAUAAGGUGAAAAAAAACAAAGACAAAAAGGAUAAAUCAAAAUCAAAAUCAUCUUCCUCCUCCUCCAAGCACCAUCACAAGAAAAGCAAAGAAGAUUUAGCAGCAGCUGCAGCUGCUGCUGAAUUGGAAAUGCUUUUGCCAUUCAUGGACAAAUAUGAUGUGAUAAAAUAUCGACGCAGUCGAGGCGCAGCCCAAAGUGGCCAGUCCAGUGCCUCCAAUUCCGUUGCGCCUUCCGAGGCCAGCACGAAGAGUAGCAGUCGUGAAGGCAAACAAAAGUCAAGCGCUUCAAGGAGAGAUAAAACACCAGAGUCUAAAUCGACACCUCCACCACCGCCAACUCCAGCGCAGGGGCAGCAUAAACGCGGUAGAAAAGGCAAAGAUCAGAAGCGAGCAAAGGAUGCAGCGGCGGUGGCAGUGACCACUGCAACAGCCGCAACAGAUAAAGUGGAAAAGCUAGAAAAGCCAAGCAAAGUGGACAAUAAAUCGCAAACGUCGGAGAAGUCCAGAGAGAAGCGAGUGGAAAUGCCAAAAAUUGUGGAGAAAUCCAAAGAAGAAAAGACAACACAGCAAACACCGGCUCCCCCAGUUCCAGCGGAGGUAUCGUCGUUUGUCAAAAUGGAGGAAACGACGACGACAACAACGACGACGACGACGUCAACAACGUUAUCUAGCAAAGUCAAGGAACCCUCAAAGAAACGUCUAGAUAAGCAAAUGCCUCCACCACCCGCCAAGCCAGCGAAAUCAAACACAGCAAAUGCUGCCAAAUCAACAGCAGAGAAGUCAGCACAUAAGAAACUAAACCACAAGAAAGGUGGUCAAAAAGGAGCCGCUGCAUUAGCAGCUAGUUCCCAGAACAACACGACUAAUCUGGAGGCGUUGGAUGUGGAAACAGAGCAGACUUUGAAGGACAUCAACCGCUGGCUGGAACAUACGCCGCGGUUCUCUGAAUUCAGUUCAGCCAGCAAUUCUCCGUCGCGGUACAAUCUGCUCGACGACUUCGAUUCGGGCAUUAGCAGCAAAAUGGAUUCCGCCGAUUUCCGGAGACCAGCAUCCAAGUCCUCUGAGCUAGUGCCCACCAAGUUGGCCGAAGCGCUGAAUGAGCUGGUCGGUAGCGAUGUUGCGAAUCCUAAAACCGAAGCCAAUCGCAGUGUUGUUAGCAGCAAUGUGUGUGGCACUCCCCCGCAUUCCAUACAUUCAGGCAAUUCCAUUGGUAGCACUACGGCUACAGCGGCUAGUAGUGUCAAUUCGCCAUGUUCCAUUAACUCAGCUCCCGCCACAACAGCUUCUGCACCUGUUAUGCCUGCGACAGCGACAGUGCCUGCCUCAGCAGCAGCAGCAACAGCGACAGCACCAGUUACACCUGCGAAACCAAAGGAACCAAGCACCACUCAGUUAAUACUGAAUCCUCCGCCGCCCCCGCAUAUCAAGCAACAGAUGGCUAAAGAAGCCAAAAGGAAAUCGCUUAAGGAGAAACAGACGGCAGCUGCCACGGCUCUGGCGCAGAUCCAACAGGCCAAGGUGAAGGCGAAUUCUGUAAUGCGGACCAUUGAGCGUCUUCAGCCCGGCAAGGCCAAAGGCAAUCUAAUUCAAAAUGUAACAAAUGCUGUGAACAAUAACAAGGCGGAGUCUGAUCACGAACUUACAACCAGCAGUCAUGGGGACCGCCUCACUGGUGGUCAAACGACAAGGAAUGAAGUGAAGAACGCCCUUAUCACAGAGAGCACCGAAGGAGCACCCAAGCUAAGUCUGGGAACUGUCAUAAAGACCCAAGAUUUUGCUUUGGGGAAAACUCUGGAAGAGUUGGCAGGCAAAAAGCCCCUGGAAGAUGAUGAAACUCCCAUCGAGGAUAACAAAUCCGAGGAGGACACUAAUUUGACGCCCACGUCGGCAAAGGAGGCACCAUUCGAAGCUCUUCUAGAGCUAAGCAAAGUGGCUAAAUCCAAUGCGGGCGCAGAUCAGUUGCGUACGGAAGCUGGUCAAAAAGAGAAACCUAAUUUAAGUGCCUGGCUAAAGGCUUUCGGUGGACCCAAAGUGCAAAACAAAAAGUCGGAGGAGGAGGCCGAGAAAGAAAAGCUUCAACAACAGCAGCAAGUGAUCAGAUUGGCAGCUCCUUCGCCUCAUUCACCCGUUGGGGCUGGUUCUUCUGGUGGGGAUAACAAUAGUUUCUCUUUGCCGCCCAUGAUGCGGCCAAGGAAACCCAGCACUGGUAGCACCACAUCCGAACGGAGUUCAUUUAGCCAAGAUCCAGACUCUCCGCGAAUUGCCAUCGAUGAGCGAUAUGGUUCUUAUGCAGCUGGCUCUUAUACCUCACCCAUUGGGGCAUCUCCAAUUGGCGCUUCACCCAUAAUGGUUUCCCCUAAGCCCAAUGAUGAAAUGACUGGCGCCAGUAAACCCGACGCUUCGCCCUAUCCCCUCAAUGGAGCCAUCAAAGUGGGUUUCUAUCAGGAUACAACUACCAAGAGUAGUCCCGACAAGAGCUGCAGCCCCAGAGAGAUGCAGAAUUCGCCGUAUCCGCAGUAUUCUCAGCAUAUAUACUCGACAUCGACCGCCUCAUCGCCAAAUAUCUCGACGCCAGAGUUAAGCGGAACGUCGCCCUAUGGAGGAGGAAACAGCUAUAAUCCAUCUGGCUCUGAGGCCUCCAAGACACCUGCCUACUCAUCAACGUCCCCGUUGCCCAUUUACGAUCAUCAGUAUAAGCAGCCACGUUCCCAGGAGUCCGAUUACAACUCAUCGAUGAGUCCGAGUACCCCAAAUCCACAUUCUCCAUACAGUCAGCAGCCACAGACUCAACCCUCUCCCUAUCACGGCCAGUCGCCGUAUCAUCAGCCCCAACAUUCGCCAUAUCAACAACCCACGCAGCAGCAACAGCAACCGUCGCACAGCCCUGCGGCGGCACCCCAUAGUCCUAUGCCCAGUAGUGUAGAUUCACCGGCUUCAUCGGCGGCCACACAACCUCCCACACCAUUAGCCCAAUCCCCGGCAGAGCAGCAGCACUCUCCGUAUCAGCAACCAGUGCUUUCGCCUUACCAGCAGCAGGUUCCCUCAGUUGGCCAACCCGUGCAAUCAACGGCAAGUGCUGUAGGAGCAGGCACAACAACAGCAUUGGGCAGUAAUGGAUAUGCAUCCACGAGUCACGAGAACAACACGUAUCAGCAACAACAGCAGCGAUCCUUGUAUAAUCCAGCCACACUAAUUAACCCAUUGCCUACUCCGACGGCCGCAGCUGUCCCCACAGCGGCGAUUGCUUCUAAAGCGGUUAACAAUGAUUGGAGCUUGAAUCGCAGCAUAUUGCCGCCAAGCAUUACGAAUGCCACAGCGAGUAGCCAGGCAGCAAGCCAACAUCAACAUCUGCAGCAGCAACAGCAACAGGCACCCAAGUAUCCAACAUAUGCGCAAUAUCAGUCGACAAAUGCAGCGGCCAAUGCAGCAGCAGCUGCUGAUGCCGUAGAAAGCAACCAACAGCAGCAGCAGCAGCAACAGAUUGUUCCGCCAAGCUAUGGUAGUGAUAUGGCUAGCUUUAUGCAACAUCAAAUGCAGCAGCCACCAAAGACCGAAACACUGAUCAAUCCACUAAAGCGUACGGCCGAAGAGCUGGGUAUGGAUUACAGUGGCAAUGCUACAGUGGCGGCAGCGGCCAGCAGCAAAAUACCCAAACUGGAGGAACAACAGAAUCAGCAGACUCUGUUUAAUAAGCAACAGCAAAUGUUUAAUAGUUUUUUGGGCUCAAUGGCCUUUGCCAAGCCUUUGGGUAAUAUUGCACCAGAUAAGGCCUUUGAGAUGUAUAAUCGUGCAGCAGCCAUGGGUUUCUCUAAGGAGGCACAGCAGCCGCAACAGCAGCAACAACAGACCAAUACGAAGUCUGCACAGCAGCAACAGCAACAGACUCCUCAUAUUACCCAGUUGCAAUCGGCUCAUAACCAAAACUAUCAGCAACAACAAAAAUUGCCACUGUCAUUGCCACAACAACAACAACAGCAGCAACAACAACAGCAGCAACAUCAACAACACAAUUCCUACCAGCAACAGCAGCAAACGCAACUUAAUCAUAGUUAUACAGCAGCACAACAACAACAACAACAAGGGUCAACUGUUGAUAAGCCAGCAGCAGUAGCAGAAUCCUCGGCGCCAUCAUCGGCAUCUUCUGGGCCUGCAAGUGAUACCGCCUCCAUGGUACUUCCAACAACGGCACAUCAGCAACAUCAUUUGAGCCAAACACACCAUUUGUCCGCCUACAAUAAGCCGACGCCUCCACCACCGCCGCAAACAUACAACAAUCCGUUGAUGCAUUCGCUCACCGAAUCAAUGCUGGGCUAUUCUGGGAAUUACUUUGACAAAACCAUGCCGCCGGCGGCCCAUAUGUAUAGUGCCUCAAGCAGUGCAGCCGCAGCGGCAUCGGCGGCGGCCGCGUAUGGUAAUCCGGCACAGCAAUUGCCUGGCAACUAUGUACCUGGCAGCAACACAACACCGCAGCAGCAGCAAGCCGCUGCGGUAGCACCGCCACCUGAGGUGAAAGUGCCAGCAAAGCGUGGAAGAAAGAAAAAACCAUCCACUAUAGCAGCGGAGACGGCCAAAGCUCAACAACAGCAGCAGCAACAACAACAACAACAACAACAGCAGCAGCAACAGCAGCAACACCAACAACAUCCUGUUGCGCAACAGCAACAGGUUGUCGCCACCCAGCAGCAGCAGCAACAUCAACAACAACAACAGCAGCAGCAACAUUACAACAGCUCAUCAUCUGUUGGCUCGACCAACAAUCAGUUACAGGCCCAUGCUCAGGCACUUCAUCAGGGCUUCCAGCUUUAUGCAGGACUUAAAUCCGGAGGCGUGUCUGCCUCAUUACCAUCAGCUGGUGCAGUGUCAGGAGCAACGCCUGCCGGUUCUAGUAGUCAACAGCAAUCCUCGGCAGAUGCCGCCGCCAUCUCGUUGAAAACUUCGGCGGCUGGGGGUGGAAUGGUACCGGGAAGUGCCUUUAAUUUUGCACACACCACUCCGGGCGCAUUGGGACUUUAUGGCGAUCAGACGACUGCAAGCAGUUAUUUGGAUCAGUUUCGAGAAGCUCCGAAUCCAUAUUACUUGCCACCAGCGCCGGCGCAUAGUGGGGCAACAGCUGUCAAUCCAUCGGGUGCCGGUGUCAAUGGUGCAGCCGAUAAGAGCCAACAGAAUGCCCUCAAUACAGCCGCCGGAUCGUAUCCCUCUUUCCUUGCAGCUGCCGCUCAUCCAUCGACCCGAGCAGCAGCCGCUGUGGCUGCAGCUGGUUAUCCAUUCGAUCCCAACUCGCAGUUAUAUCAGCAAUACUUGCGACGCGAUGACUUUCAUACGCGGAUGAUCUUUAACCAGAGUCUGCUAAGUGGGCCGGCAGCUGCGGCGGCAGCAGCAAGCUAUCAUACAGGUCACCAUCAAGCUCCGCCACCGCCGCCGCCUGCUGCAUAUCGCCCAUCAGCCUUGGGUAUGCCAAAGCCAUACGAUAUUAAUCGUCAGUCAUGGUUUUAGCAGUACGCCAGUGCCGCUAACGUGGAUCUCCAGGGAGACGAUCUGACGGGGGCGGCAACUGGUCAGGCAGCAGCAGCAGUUGCCGCAGCGGCAGUAGCAGCAGCAGCUUCUUCGUCAUCAGCCACAGCGACAACGGCUGCGGCGGCAUCAUCAGCACCACCAGCAGCAACACAGCGAUGAUUGGAUUCAAAAGUUAGAACAGGCAAGGUUUCAAAUCGAGGACAAUGGGAAAGGGGAUUGUGUGAUAGACAAGAUUCGAUUUCGAUUUUAUUCAAAUGAAUUCUCUGAAUGGUAUGGGAUUCAAUUUAAUUUAAUUAAAACUGCCAUUUUGAUUAAACUUGCAACACUUGGAGCCCUUUUAAUGCAAUCUUCAAAAGAGCAUGGGUGGCUAACUCUCUUCCCCAGAGAGAGAGUGCUCUGGAUUAGGGAUGGGCUGAACAGAGGGAACAAUGCAAUUUCACUCCAUUUAGUUUAUUAUUUUUUUUUGUUUGUACUGAUUUUAAAAGCUAGGACUCGAAUUCUAUUUUUUAGAUUAUCAUUUUUUUAAGCCUCCAACUUUUUA